UAUAAGCAAUUGUUUGAGGCCGGGUCAUUUAUGCCCAGGAACACUACAAGUGUAACAAGGUGAAAAAUCUCUCCCAAAAAAGUACUAAAAUGAUAAAAAAAAAAAAAAUUCUGUUAUACCCUUUGUGAAUAAAGUCAUUAAAUUUCAGUCCAAUGCGAUAACAUUAACUAGAAUUCUUAGGAAAAAGAAAAUCAUCUCCGGGCAAAAAUGACCCGAACACCAUAUGAGGGAUAUAUAUAUAAAAAAUAGUAAACAGUACUGGUGUAACAUUGACGUUAAACCCACCGUUACAUUAGACAUCUAUAAUAAAUAAGGACAUUAGAAUGAUUGCUGACUACUAAAUCAUAAUGUAACACGGUGUUUCAUAAUUAUUAGGAGCUAUGCUGAACAAAAACAAACAAACAAACAAACAAACAAAAACUUUAAAGAGUAAUAAUCAAUUAAUUUAACUGAAAUAUUAUUAAAUAAAAUGUUUAAUUAAGACAUGAUACAGUUAUUCCAACUUUAAAAUGGUUUGAUCUUUGACCUCUGAGUCUGAUUUGUCUGUUUUUGAUAGAUUCAGUAUUGUAUUUGACAGUCAAGCUGUUCUAUGUAGAUAAGAUCAACUGAGAGGUUCAUAGUAGCAGAACAGGAAGAAGCUCUUCACAAUCUAAACAUCACACAUGAUGCCUAAAUGCCUAAAUGCCUACACACAUGCUGUUUGUCCAUCCAACAGAUCAAACCAUGUUUCUGAGAAAAUCAGACUGCAGCAGGUUUCGGUUUGACUCAGAAGAUGAGCUACAGAGGCGGACAAAGUACACAACUUCAUUACUUGAGUUAUUAAAAAAGGUUCAGUCAAUCUGAAAAUGCACACACUGGAAAAGAACUGCUACAUAUUACGACUUUCGACUUGGGGAACUUGAUAGAAAUGUAGUGGAGUAAAAAGUACGAUAUUUGUCUUUCAAAUGUAGUGAAGUUGAAGUAGCAAGUUUCCAGAAAAAAAUAAUACUCAAGUAAAGUACAGAUACUCAAAAAGUGUACUUAAGUACAAUACUCAAGUAAAUGUACUUCGUUACUGUCCACCUCUGUCUACUGGUGUCAGGGUAUAUUUCAGUAAAUCUGGCCAUGUGAGAUACAAGACAGUUUUUGGGUUUGCAAUUUACAACUGAACAAUUAUAAAAGCCAUUUUAAAAUAAGCUUUAACUAUAAAAUUAAUGUUGACUAAUUCAAUAUUCACACAAUAUUACACUGUUCUACAUUGUCAGAACUACAUUUAAAACAAAUAAAAGAAAACUACUAAUGUUAAAUAUAAAACUGAAUAAUGUUUUCCUAUUUUAAAAAUAGGUAAAGUCUUAUAUGUAUAUAUACUGUAUAUAUAUAUACGUCACAUUCAGAGAGAAUGAGAGAGUGGGUGAACUAGGAGGGUCAAACACUGUCAGGGGAGGAUUCACACACUGGGUUGUUUUCUCAGGGGACAGUGUUUUUAGAUCAGACACUGAAGAACAAUGGAAAAUGGUUUGCACAUUUGUUUCGUGUUAUUUGUUUUGGUGGCGUUUGACUGGUGUGUUCGGUUCUGAGACAAAUGAAUUGCAAUCACUGUCGGUAGAGGAGGGAGAUUCUGUCACUCUUAAUACUACCAUUACUGAAAUACCUGAAGACGACGACAUACUGUGGAAAUUUGGAGCUGAAAACUCUCUGAUAGCUCAAAUAAACAGAGCUGAUGGAAUCAUUAACACAUGUAAUGAUGGGAGAUUCAGAGACAGACUGAAGCUGGACAAUCAAACUGGAUCUCUGACCAUCACAAACACCACAACUGAACACGCUGGACUCUAUAAACUACGGAUAAAUGGAGCAGAACGGUCAUCAAAAACAUUCAGUGUUUCUGUUUACGCUCGUCUACCUGUUCCUGUCAUCAGCAGUAACUCUUCACACUGUUCUUCAUCAUAUUGUUCAUUGUUGUGUUCAGCGGUGAAUGUGAGUCAUGUGACUCUCUCCUGGUACAAAGGAAACAGUUUAUUGUCCAGCAUCAGUGUGUCUGAUCUCAGCAUCAGUCUCUCUCUACCUCUGGAGGUGGAAUAUCAGGAUAACAACACCUACAGCUGUGUGCUCAACAAUCCCAUCAGCAAGCAGACCACACAUCUGGACAUCAGUCAACUCUGUCACACAUGUGCAGCAGGCCCACAGACUCAUUCACAUUCUCCAGAAAACUCUGUAUCUCUGAUAGUGUUGAUCUCUGCUGCUGCUGGAUCUCUGUUGAUCGUUGCUGCAGUCAGGAUCUUCUGCAUCCGGAGGAAACACAGAAAAACUGAACAAGAAGUUCAGACUCAAGCAGAAGAAUCAGCUUAUGCUGAGCCAACAUUCUACAAAAGAAAAGGACAUAAAUGGGAAGUAAAAGAAGAUCACAUAGAAGAGGAUCAUGUAGCAUAUGCGUCUGUUGCUGUGAAAUUAUGAAACUUCAAACUUUUUUCAUACAAAACAUUGUGCUUAGUUUGGUCUGUUCAUACAGCUUCCGCAUGAUUAUGUAUCUGCUGCUGGAUGUUUGUGGUUGAUGUGCAAAUGUGUUUGUGUGAAAAGCAUGUGGUUGAAGAGUGUUUUUCCAUUCCUGCCUCUCACUUUGAUUUCCAUUUCACACAAAACAGCUUCAUUUUGUAAUACUGCCUGACAGAUACAAAUGUUUUGUAGUAUUUAUAAAAUAUCUAUUUAUAAAUGUGAAAAUAUAUUUAUUGGUCACAAAUCA